CCACAACCUGAGCCGAAGGCAAAGGCUUAACCCACUGAGCCACCCAGGUGCCCCCUGAACAGGUUUUUCUUAAUGCAGACAAAAAGUAAGCUACAAGAAGGAGUUGGCUAACUGUACUGUUUUGUGCAAGUGCAAUUGGGUUUAUGACCAGGACUGUCCUUAUUUAUAAAGCUGUUAAUCUCUAGACCUUGAAGGGAAAAGAUAAACACCAGCUGCCCAACUUUUUAAAUCUCUACCUCCAAGGUGGGGCUUGAACUCAGCCCUGAGAUCAAGAGUCUCAUGUUCUACUGUCUGAGCAAGCAGGCCACCCCAGCCAGAGAUUUGGUUGUACAGCAAAAAGGCCUGGACAAUGAGAAUCCUUUUUUGGGAUUGGUUCUAUCAGUGCUUUCUUUCUUAUAUCAGGAAGUAAUUGACAGUAAGGCACUGCCUUUUAAAGUUCUUUUGAUCUUAGACAAUGUCCCCGGGCACUCAGAAUCGGAUGAGUUCAACACCAAAGGCAUCAAAGUGGUCUACAUGACCCUAAGCACAACAUUUCUAAUUUAGCCUCUAGAUCAGGAGGUCUUAAGGACCUUUAAGGCUCUCCACACAUGGUACUGUCUAGUAAGGAUUUUCAAAGAGACCCUAAUAGAUCAUUAUGAAAGUCUGGAAGGAUUACAUCAUUGAGGAUGCCAUCAUUGUUUAUAGAAUAAGCCAUGAAAACCACCAAGCCCCAAACAGUAAAUUCCUGCAGGAGGAAAAAUAUGUCUAGAACUUGUGUAUGACUUCACAGAAUUUACAACAGAGCCAGUCAAGGAAAUCCUGAAAGAGAUUGUGGACAUGGCAAAAGAAGGUGGGGGUGUGAAGGGUUUUAAGAUACGGAUCUUGGAGAAAUUCAAGAGCUAAUAGAUGCCACACAAAAGGAGUUAACAAAAGAUGACUCGUUAAGGAUAAAUACAUCUGAACCAGGCAGUGAAGAGGAAAAUGUGAAUGAAGCACUGCCAGAAAACAGUUGACAUUAGACAGUCUGGUAGGAUUCUAAUUAUUCAAGACUGCUUUUGACUUCUCAUAGGACAUGGGCACUGAAACGAAAGCGAAUGGUAGAAGAAGGACUGGUACUGCAUUAGAAACAUUUUUAAGAGAUGAAAAAGCAAAAAUGUCAGACAGAAAUGACAGUGUAUUUCUGUAAAGUACACCAAGUUGGCUUGCCUCUCCUGCCUCUCUUUUCACCUUCACCUCUUCUGCUAUCCCUGAGACACCAAAACCAACCCCUCCUCUUCUUCCUCUUCCUCUGCCUACUCAGUGUGAAGAGUGAAAACAAGAAUGAAGACAUUUAUGAUGAUCCACUUCCAUUUAAUGAAUAGUAAAUAAUCAUCAUGCCGUACAGUUAAUAAACUUAUCUGUUGUGUGUGUGUGUCUUCGUGUGAGAAUCUAAUAACUGUAUGGCAAGAACUGUCUGAGACGUUUUCUGUCAUCAUCCUCAUCAUCAUUGCUUAAGUGUUCAUCGUGUAGAAAAUCAUGUACAAGACUUAUAUGGAAGUGGAUAGCCUAUCCUUAUGUAGGCAUAAGGUGCUGUGUAACGUGUUAAGAGGAUACUUUAAGGAAUGAGUUUGCCAAAUUCUCAUGAGUUAUGGUGGCUGAAAGAUCAAUUCUGUCUUGUGGGAAAAGAAUUAAAUGGCAGCACAAAAGGAAAUCUAUAUUAAUAGAGUAUUUUAUUAAACGAAAGAGGUUAGAUAAGAACUUUAAACUAACAGGCUCAGCAAACAAGGAAAGAAACCUGUUAGCUGUAAGACAUGUUUCAAGUGAAUCGAAGUCCAGUAACUGUAGACUUCAGAAGAAAAAAGGUUUCAAAAUCUUUGUCAAAACAGGUCAGUGAUAAAUAAUUCUUCCAGUAAUAGGGCUAGGCCUGAAUACCAUUACUAAUUGAAAAAUUAACAAAACAGAUUGAACCUGAAUUUUUAUUUCACAAAAAGUUCUUAAAAUAUCAAAUUAGAAUUAAAUUGUCCUCAAAUUUCUAUUGCCUUGUCCAGCAGUAAAGCAAAUAUCUUUCAGCCUUCAUAUCAGAUUUUCUCAUGUCCUAGGGAUGACCGAAACCUUACUUGAAGCAAACUAGUAUUUUUGUUGAAAAUGUUCAUCAGCCUCAAAGUUGAUUUUUAAGACCUCCUCAGUAAUAAUACUAGACAUUCAGCAUUCGCACCUAUCAGGACACGAAAAUUCUCCCAAAAACUACUCAGAAAAGGAGGACCUUACUCAGGAAUGAUGUCCAUUCAGGAGAAAUCAAAAGAAAAUUCCUCUAAUGUUGUUAGAAAAAGUGAAGAUAAGAAUUUAGAAACACAAAUUCAAGGUUCUCAGACGAGUCUGGCAAAAAAAUCAGGUCCAAAGGAAGCUGUAAAAUCACUGGUUAAAUCUUCUAGUGAGAGUAAAAUAAAUCAACCUGGAUUAGGAACAUGCAUGAGUACAAGGUCAGCAAAAGCCACAUCCAAUGAUAAAAAAGCUAGUAAAUCCAUUAAUAAAAAUAUGGUGACUGUGAAGGGAAAUUUACAACAAGAAUCUACAAAAAAGAAGAAAUUACCUCAGAAAAAGUCAGUGCAUGGAACUCCUAAAUCAAAUGAACAGCUUAACCGGAGAUCACAAAGACUACAACAGUUAACAGAAGUUUCAACGAGGUCUCUGCGUAAUAGAGAAAUUCAGGGUCAGGUUCAAGCAGUUAAACAGACUUUGCCACCAAGGAAAGAGCACUGUAACAAUUCUCAAAGUAAAUCUAACAAAGCUAAAGCAAGUCAAAAACAUGUGAAAAGAAAAGUACCAGAAAUAAAGUCUGAUUCUAAAGAGGAUGAAAAUCUAGUAAUUAACGAAGUAAUAAAUUCCCCCAAAGGAAAAAAACGCAAAGUAGAGCAUCAAACAGCUUCUACUUGCAGUUCUCAGUGCACAAAAGGAUCUGAAAAAUGUCUUCAGAAGAACACUAGAAAAGAGGAAAUAAAAUCUGUGCCUGUAACUUCUGAGAUAAGAAGAUCAAAAAUGGUUACUUCAGCAGUCUCUGAAAAGAAUGAGGUGAAGUCCGUUUAUACACAAGUGAAUACUAGUGCAAAAUCCCAAAAAAGUCCACAGCCGUCAGUGCCUGAAGAAAGGGUAGAUAAUGAGCUGGAGCAAGCGGGAAAGAGCAAACGAGGUAGCAUUCUUCAGCUCUGUGAAGAAAUUGCUGGUGAGAUUGAGUCUGAUACUGUAGAGGUAAAAAAGGAAUCUUCACAAAUGGAAACUGUAAAGGAGGAGAAGCCUACAGAAAUAAAAUUGGGAGAGACUGAUAAUGAAAGACAAAUACUUCAUCAGAAGGAAACCAAUCAGGAUGUUCAUUGUAAUCGUUUCUUUCCCAGUAGAAAAACAAAGCCUAUGAAAUGUAUACUAAAUGGAAUAAACAACUCAACUAAAAAGAACUCCAACUGGACUAAAAUUAAACUCUCAAAAUUUAACUCUGUGCAGCAAAAUAAGUUGGACUCUCAAGUUUCCCCUAAAUUGGGCUUAAUACGAACCAGUUUUUCACUCCCAGCCUUAGAAAUGCAUCAUCCAACUACUCAAAGUACAUCUUUAGGGACAAAACUACAUAACGAUAAAAAUACAGCUUGCCAGCAGGAAGAAAUGAAAGAAAUUAAUUCUGAAGAAGUUAAAACUAAUGAUGUUACAGUUGAAGUUAAUAAAACCACAAAAAGGUCUUCUGAAAAUUGCCAUUUGGAUAAUCAGAUAAAACCACCUCCUGACCCACCUUUGGAUAACCAGAGGAAAGAUUCUUUUGAAUCAGCACCAGAUAAGAAUUUCAGUCUGUGUUUGGAAUCCAAGAUUGAAAACAAUCCAGUGGGAAAUACCUCUACUGUUUCGGCUCUGCUCAGCCAAGCAAAAAUUGAUACAGGGGAGAAUAAAUUUCCAGGUUCAGCUCCCAAACAGCAUACUGUACUCAGUAACCAAACAUCUAAGACCACUGAUAACAGGGAGACACCACCAAAUCAUUCUUGGACUAAGUGUAAUUCCCAUUUGGAGAUAACAAUUCCAAAGGACUUGAAACUAAAAGAAACAGAUAAAGUUGAUGAAAAACAGUUGAUCAUAGAUGCAGGACAGAAAAGAUUUGGAGCAGUUUCCUGUAAUGUUUGUGGCAUGCUUUACACAGCUUCAAAUCCAGAAGAUGAAACACAGCAUCUGCUCUUCCAUAACCAGUUUAUAAGUGCUGUAAAAUAUGUGGGUUGGAAAAAGGAAAGAAUUUUGGCUGAAUAUCCUGAUGGCAGGAUAAUAAUGGUUCUUCCUGAAGACCCAAAGUAUGCUCUGAAAAAGGUUGACGAGAUUAGAGAGAUGGUUGAUAAUGAUUUAGGUUUCCAGCAGGCCCCACUAAUGUGCUAUUCCAGAACUAAAACACUUCUCUUUAUUUCUAAUGACAAAAAAGUAGUUGGCUGCCUAAUUGCGGAACAUAUCCAGUGGGGGUACAGAGUUAUAGAAGAGAAGCAUCCAGUUAUCAGGUCAGAAGAAGAAAAAGUCAGAUUUGAAAGGCAGAAAGCCUGGUGCUGCUCAACAUUACCAGAGCCUGCAAUCUGUGGGAUCAGUCGGAUAUGGGUGUUCAGCAUGAUGCGUCGGAAGAAAAUUGCUUCUCGCAUGAUUGAAUGCCUGAGGAGUAACUUUAUAUAUGGCUCAUAUUUGAGUAAAGAAGAAAUUGCUUUCUCAGAUCCCACUCCUGAUGGAAAACUAUUUGCAACACAGUACUGUGGCACUGGUCAGUUUCUGGUAUAUAAUUUUAUUAAUGGACAAAAUAGCACCUAAAACAAAUUUGUGCCUGCAGUACUAGAAGACAUCUACUGAAGAGAAUGGAUUGGUUGCUGACUUUAACCAGGAACUAGGGCCAUUUUUAUUACAAUGAACUCAGGACUGGCAACAACCAUAAGGUUGUUCCAUUUUCAUAAAAUUGGAAACAAUGCAGUAAUAGCUUAUUAUUGUUUUGUUUUUUAAAGAAGAUAUUUUAUUAUCUUUUACAGAAAUUUAUGAUUGAUGUAUUUUAUCUAUAGUUAUUUAGACAUGUUUACAUGCAGCAGAUAAUUGUUCAUAGUGGACUGAAAACUAAUGCAAGGACUAUGGUCUCAGUGAUAAGUAUAUUUUGAAGUUCUUAAUAUGGAAAUAUACCAGUGUAGCUUGGUACUGUAUUUUUUUAUAUUGAUCUGCUGAUACCAGUUAUAGUUUUAAAGAUUGUAUUUUUACAGAGCGGAAACCAAUGUUUUGGGUUCUUAUCCAAGGAGGGGGCAAUAUUGCACGUUAAGGAAUUCAGAGCUAAUUCUUAAAUGGCCUGAAAUACAUUCUGAAGGCACCCUUGCAAAAAGGCAAAGUUCCGAAUUAACAGGAAGAAUUUGGGAGCUUUUUCUUCCAUUUUUUUCUUUCCUAUUCUUGAAGCAGGAAGAAGUGGAAGGUGGUAAAGAAUUGAGGCUUUUCUUCUUGGAGAGCUAUAAAGUGACUAGAAUUAGAAAAUACCCUCUAAAGUUUAUUAUUCUUUCAUUCUGGUUUUAUUUCUUAAAAUAAAUGGCACCUGGGCACUCUUAGGCUAUUAACAAAUCCCAAAGAGGUUUAUAAAAACCUGUGGAAUAGUUGUAAGCUAACUAUGGAUGACUUGGUAUCUGCUUUGUUAUUCCUCAGAAAUACUACACUGAGUAUAUGCCCGCGUUACUGGACUUCAUUUUGAUACUUGUCUAUCCUUCAUAGUGCCCUCUACUUUUAAAGGGUUUAUAUGUUGAAAAACUGCUGUGGCCUUUUAUGACCUGUAUAUAAUGUAGAAUAAAAUAAUAAAAUACUUGAUAGCUUUUUCUAAGUGAUAAA